AUGAGUCGAGCCAAGUCUACUAUCAAUGGUGUCAUACAAAAGCUUUCCAAAGGCGAGCAGGAGCGGUCAGUGACGUAUACUGAGCCCAUUACAAUUGAAUUGAAAUGUGAUGGACCACCCAUCAAGAUUGAGCGUGAGGUGCUCAAAUUGUAUGGCAACCUGCUAAUCUUAAAUGAUGCAGGCGUGAUAUAUCAGAAUGUGCCUUUGGCAGAGGCUCAGUUGUGCUUGCCUUCGUCAUUCAAAGUGGUGCAAUAUGAAGCUAAAGCCCGAGCAAUUGGCCUACUAACUCAAGACUGGGAAAACUAUGUGGCCAAUAAUAUUACUGACGUUGAUGGUUGGUGGUAUAACAUAGACUACGACAAGUUUGGUGGCGUGGCUCCCGAUCCUCGACGGAAAUCAUUACUCAAAGGAGUGACAGCAGUUGUGUACGCUUCUAAACUUAUAGGCAUACUAGAAGCCAUGGGGUGUGCUGAAGUGAUACAAGUAAGUGGCAGUGACGAUGUGGUUGCAUUAUUAUCUGAUAAAAACCCGCCGUUCAUGGUGAUUGAUCGCAUGAUUGGUGAGUACCCUGAAACUACAACUGACGACUUGUACUUGGCCAUCGACGAUGUUGACAGCAAACAUAUUGCUCAAUUUGGGCUUACACGCAAACGAGCAAUGCCUCAAGAGUCUAAUACCCCUACCAGUUCACAAUUGACCAAUAGCAGCACCUCAGAAGGGACUAAGCGACGAAAGCGUCCUCGGUAUGAGAAAACUGCUGAUAAAAUGGCAUUUUUUGAUAUCAAAGUGGAACCUGAAACAGAGAAACCUGAAGGGAAUGACGCCACUGAUUCAGCAAAAGCCACGACAGAACCCGAAGCUGAUGUGUCUUCAACUACUGACUCAGCACCAAAGAUUGAAGAGAACGCUGAAGAUGGAGCGUCUAGUGCCACUGGUGACACUAAUGACGAAGCCAAAGCAGAAGAAAGCGAGACUUCCCAAGAACCAAUAGUAAAACCGAGUAAGCGAAGUAUUGAGACACCCGAGGAAACUACUACCACUCAUGCCAAACGGUUUAAAUUUGAACCGAAAGUUUCGUUGGUAGAGGCAAUCAAACGGGCUAAGCUGAAGGCGGAAGACUCACUACGCCUGGAAUUUGGUGAGACCCAAGAGGAAGCAGACGAAGAGCUGUUGCAAGAAGCCAUCGGCAACUUGGCCAACCUUGCCAUCGUCGAGGUGAGAGAUAUCCCGAUGCGGCUGCUGCAGGACUACAAUACGCAAAAGCUGUUUGACGAGAGGUAUAAUGGACGAAAGAACUUCAAGAAGUUUAGCAAAGUCCAGCAGGUGGUGCCGAUCUUUCGGCGUCUGUUUGUGUCAGUAGAAGUGGUUAGGCCUCGUCACGAUGUUGGCAUUGAUUUUGCUGAGGGACUCAAUCAGGCGGCGGAGGCUGAGGAGCAGAUGGAGGCAGACUUCAGCGGGUUGUUUGUCCCUGCUGACGAAGAGUUUGCUAGUUCAGCGACCCCAACCCCGCCACCGCCGCAACAAAGGCGACAAGCCCCCGCUAGGGCUCUGGCCCGCCGGACGAUUACCGUCCUGAGGGAGCUGGACUCUGAGGACGAUGGGCCUCAGUUCCAGUUUUCAUGA